GCGACUUGUGCUGAAUCUAAUGUGACAUGAUCGGCGAAAUAAGCACGUGGUUUAAUUUUAAGUUAAAAAUGCAUUUGGUGAUGUAUUUCAAUAAGUAAUUUAAGGACUUUUCGGUGCAAUGUGCCAGGAAAUUUGAGAGUUAUAAAUUAGUAAAUAUACAAAACGAUGGCAGAUAAAAAUUUAAUUGUUGCUUGGAUAUUUUUGAUCGUGUCUGCGAGUUUAACCGAUAUAUGUCAAGCGGCAGUCCGGAUAAAAGCUCUCCGCGUGCCUGCUGUGGUCCAGGAUGGGGGUGUAGAUAGUGUGCUCCUGGACUGCGAUUACGAGCUGAGAAAUCCUUACGGCCUGGUCGUCAAGUGGUACUUUGCUCCUGAUGGCAAAAUGACUAUGCGGCCAAUAUAUCAGUGGAUAGCUGAUCAGAAGCCGCAUGCAUUGGGAGCUUUCAAAAAUUUUGUAAAUUUAUCAUACAAGGCCUCGGAUGAUCCAAACUUCAGAUAUCGUGCCAUGAACUUGUUAAAGCCGACGCGAAAUAUGUCGGGCACAUACCAGUGCGUCGUCGAGACCUAUUACGACGGAACGGCUCAGGAAUCUGCCAAAAUGCUCGUCUAUGUGCCUCAAUCGAUGCUUCUUUUGGGGCAAGAAAAAGUGGACGAUGAUACAAUAAGGGUAUUUUGUUGGGCUCAUGGUGUCUAUCCAUCACCAAUCAUAACCAUGCGAAUUGCAAAUAAGUGA